UGCGCCGCAAGCUCCUCCCAUGCAUAAAGCCACCGUGGGUCUCUGCUCCGGACUCCAGAGUGAGUUCCCCACCGUGUGUGUGAGAGUGUGUGUCUGUCUUCUCUCCGCGGGAUGUGUGCUCGCCUACCUCCGAUUAGCACUGACGACGUGGUGCCCCAGAACCUUUGAGCAAGGACUGAUAAAAUGAAGCGCAACUGAACCGAAUGGACACCCCAACGGGGACUUUGAAUCCUCCCAAAAGUGGCAUGGAGGGCGCGGAGUUGAGGGUGAACGAGCUCUCGGAGCUCUACGAGAGGGCGGUGAACCGCGGCGUCACCUCGGAGGCCACCGACGCCGCCGUCGCCGCCGGAGGAGGAGGAGGGGGAGGAGGACCUACGCAGAGUGCGCGCAUCUUCAGAAUCGGGAUUCUGUUCCUGCAGCAAACGAAGUGCCUGCUCCUGGAACCGGGGCUACCUGUGCGCAUCGCCAAGCAGGCCGUGGUGCAGGGCCUGGCGCAGGCUCCUCCGGACGAACUCAACUACGGCCUCUUCCUCCCGGCGAGCCGCGGACGCGUCGGAAAGUUCCUGGACGAGGAGAGGCUGUUGGGAGAUUACCCACCCCCGGACGACUCACCCGUGCCCUACCUCGAGUUCCGCUACAAGAGACGCUUGUACAAGCAAACAAACGUGGAUGAGAAGCUGAUUACCAAACUUAACACCAAGGUCAACCAGAAGAAGUUCAUGGAGUUGACUCUGCAGUUGGACACGGAACAUCUGGUCCCGAUGCUCGAUCGGGGGCUCGACCCAAACUUUCACGACUCGGAAAAGGGCGAUUGCCCGUUGACGGCGGCUGCUCAGCUCGCCAACAGCACGGAGGUGGUGAAGGCGCUGGUAUGCGGAGGAGCGCACCUGGACUUCUGCGCUCGCGACGGCCUCACGGCACUGCACAAGGCGGCCCGAGCUCGCAACCACCCCGUGCUGCAGACGCUGCUGGAGCUGGGUUUAUCGCCCGACGUGAGGGACAGCCGGGGCCUGUCGGCGCUCUACUACACUUGCGUGGCAGGGGGGGAGGCGCGCUCCUGCGAGACGCUGCUGUACGAGCGCGCGCACGUCGGCUGUGCCGACGACAACGGCUGGCAAGAGAUUCACCAGGCGUGCCGUCACGGCUACGUGCAGCACCUCGAGCUGCUGCUCUUCUACGGGGCCGACAUGUCGGCUAGGAACGCGUCCGGGAACACCGCCCUGCACAUCGCCGCCAUCUACGACCAGGAAAGCUGCACACAAGUGCUUCUCUUUCGCGGAGCCGACAAGGAGAUCAAGAACUUCAACAGCCAAAAUCCCUUCCAGGUGGCGAUUGUGGCAGGGAAUUUCGAUCUGGCAGAAACAAUUAAAGUGCACAAGAGCACCGACGUAGUGCCGUUCAACGAAGCUCCCCCGUACUCCGAGCGACGGCGCCGCUUCAGCGUCCAGCCGACGGCGAUGGCGGCGGCGGUGGCGACGGCGCGCACGGAGCGCCGCCUGCUUCGGUCCAGCAGCGAGAAAGCGGCGCGCGUGACCGCCCGGCACGUCGCGGACGUACCGGCGGGCGUCGCCACCGCUUCGGCGCAGGCCUCCACGGCCCACUUCAGCUGCCCCUGGCCCGAGGCGCGGACCGAGUGGCCGCGGACGUCGAGUGAGCCGCGGUGGGGGCAUUCGGAGCAGGAGGAGCCGGAGACGCCGAGGGGUGGCUCCCUGGACGCGGAGCAGAGCGACUGCGGCCCCUCCCGCACCCUGGACAGGCCCAGAUCGUGUCCCAAGCAUAGCUGCCAGCGCAACUUGGACAACACCCUGCCAGGGCGCACGUAUGCCGUUCAGCAGGCCUAUCGGCCCCGGCGGGGUGGAGAAAUCCCUCUCGCCAUGGGAGACUUGGUCCACGUGCUUACAGUCGGGGAGGCGGGCAUGUGGGAGGGCAUCUCUGAAGGCAGGCGAGGGUGGUUCCCGAGCCAUUGCGUGCGGGAGGUGCAGCUGAGACAAACACAAGCGGUACACGAAGACAAAACCAAGCGACUGCUGAAACACCACACGGUCAGCUCGUUUGACGGGCUUCGGAAGUCCAGCAGCCAGUGCCCCUUCCCGGAGCGGACCGUCGUUCUGCACAAGAAGGACAACGAUGGCUUCGGCUUCGUCCUGCGAGGAGCGAAAGCGAACGUCCCCGUGCAGGAGUUCACCCCUUCGGCCGCGUUCCCAGCCCUGCAGUACCUCGAGUCCGUGGACGAGGACGGCGUGGCCAGCAGGGCUGGGCUGAAAGUCGGAGACUUCCUCAUCGAGGUGAAUGGGGAGAACGUGGUGAAGGCCGGCCACCGACAGGUGGUGCAGAUGAUCCGGCAGGGCGGCAACCGGCUGGAGCUCAAGGUCAUCACCGUCAGCCACCCGCCCAACGAUGAUGAAGGUGGACGGAGGAAAGCAGCGCCGAUGCCCCCCAAACGGGCGCCCUCCACAGGGCUGAGCAGCCGCUCCAAGUCGCAGUCGGACGAGCUGCACGAGACGGAGAAGCUGGACGCGCUCUUGGCCGCCGCCGCCACCGUCGCCCCCCACGCCGCGGCCUACGACAACGCGGCGGCGGACUCGCGUGCGGCCACAGUCCGGCAGAGGCCCACGAGCCGGCGGCUCACGCCCGGCGAGAUCUGCGAGCUGAUUGAGAGGCAGGGCGCCCGAGCCGCCGCGGACGAGAAGCCCGUCAUGAGCGCCGCCCCACGACUCUGCAAGGCCCUCUCCAGGCAGAAGUCGACCGGAGUGAGCACAGACGAGGAGUGGCUACUGGCGCCGCCCCUCAAGUUCACGCGCAGCGCCUCCGUGCCCGACGCCGGCGACGCUUUCGGGGGGAUCCCCCCGCCGCCCCCCGACGCGCCGCCCCCGCCCCCCCCGGGCCCCGCGUUCGACGUCGACCAGGCCCCCCCGCCCAACUUCACGCCUCCUCCCCCGCCGCCCGCGCGCUCCGGCUUCGACCCCGAGCCGGCGGGCCCGCCGCCCGCCGGCUCGGCCGAGGACACCGCCGAGGCGGGCGGCGCGUCCGGGCUGCCGCCCGCCUCGGCCACGCUGAACAAGUACGGCAGCGGCAGGCGCGGCGGCGCCAAGCCCGUCAACCCCUAUGCCACCGUCGGGCAGGGCGGCGGGGCGCCGCUCUACUCGCCCAAGCCGCUGCGCCGCAAGGCGACGCUCGUCAAGCAGUGCCACGUGGAGGGCAGCCCCGAGAAGCGGCCGUCGUCGCCGCCCCCGCCGCAGACGCCCACGACGCCCGGCGCCCCGUGCCUCGCGCCCAACCCCAUCGCCGUCGUGCCCACCAUCAUCAUCAAGGAGCCCUCCACCAGCAGCAGCGGCAAGAGCAGUCAGGGCAGCAGCGUCGAGUUCGAGUCGCACUUUGGCACCUGCGGCGGCGCCGGAGGCUUCAGCGUCGCCGGCGGCGGAGGCAGCGACGGCGGUGGCUCCGAGACGCUCAGCCCCGAGGGCUCGGCCGUGAGCCCCCUGCAGGCCGCCCUCGUCGACGCCGUGCGGGAGCGGCAGCUUCGCGAGCGGCGCCGAUCGGCCAACUUCCUGUCCGUGGACGGGAGCAACGGGAACGGGGACAAAAGUCGGGACCAGGACCGAGGCAACCACCGCUCGGUGCCCGCACGACUUCGGCUGCAGCACUCCAAGUCGGUCGACGAGAACCUGCCCCCGCCGGACGAGCCGGAGAUAAGCCCCUCGAAUGCCGGCAGCGGGACGGGCCAAUCCCCGAGGGGGGGGGCGAUGGCCUUCGUGGACCCCGCGUCCCCGCUGGCCCUCGCCCUGGCUGCCAGGCACAGGGCCCUCAAGGGCUGCGGCGAGACGUCGGUGGAGCUGGACGAGUGCGCCGCCGCCGCCGGCAACAACAACAACAACAACGCGAGCGCCGGCAGCUCCAUGCAGCCACUGUACAUCGACACGCACAGCAGGGACGUCGCGCGGACAGGCGGCGCGGCCUUCCCCGAGAGCUUUGCGAGCGACCUAAAGUCGUGCUUGGACAGCUUCGCGGCCAAAACGUGCAAGGCGUCCAACGAGCCGGGAGCGCCGGUCUUCUCCAAGCUCCCACCUGGAGGUAACCGGGAGGCGGACGCGAGGUCUGAGCCCGCGGAGAAGCGCGUGGCGGAGAGGAAAACCGUCGUGAUGAGCGUCAUGGAGGACGGCGGGGGCAGGUCGGGUGCCGCCGGCCUGCUCAUGGUCCACAACUCCAAAGGGCCCGCCGAGAAAGGGAAGAAGAAACUCGAAGGGGGCAGCGUGAGCGAUAAAAUCCGCCGGUUCUCUGAGAGCUUCACGCUGUCGGGGCCACUGACGGAGAUAGAGGUGUUGGACCCAGGAGGGGGCACGCAGCGCGUCCUACAGCCUCCGUCCUCGAUCCCGCGGCCGCCCGGCAUGCCGUGCGCGCAGCUGAGUCUCGAGUACACGGAGGAGACCAUCGUGAUCCCCGCGCCGCUCGUGAGGCAAAACAGCGAUGUGGAGGAAGACUUUGUGUUCACUGACCCCCUGCCGCCACCCAUCGAGUUCAUGAACGAGAUGUCCGUGGAUGACCCAGACGAACUGGGCGGUCGCGAAAUCACAGCUGCCGCCGUGAAGGCCCGGGGAGGGGGAAAAACGGCCCAGGGCAACUGCGUGGCAAGAAGCGCGUGCCCCAGUGAAGUGACUUCGUUCACCGUCACGUCGAUCACCGACGUGAUGCUCAGCGUGGGCGGCGGCGGCACCGGCGGGAUGUCGCGGUUCGGGCCCAGCCCUCCCCACGACGCGCUCGACACGAGCACGGACUCGGGCAUGGAGGAGAUGGAGCGGGGCAGCUGCAGCGACCACCACCUGGAGACUACGAGCACCGUCUCGACGGUCUCCAGCAUCUCCACGCUGUCGUCCGAGGGCGGCGAGACGCUGGACACGUGCACACUGUACGCCGACGGGCAGCACUUUUCCGCGCCCGACCGGCCCCUCACGCUGCCGCUGCCGCCCGUGCCGCCCAAGCCCAAACACCGGUCGGCGCCGUUCUCGGGCCUCUACCGCGACCUGCUCGUCAAGCGCAACUCGGAGAGCUCGCUGCUGGUGCGGCCCUCGGCUCCGGCGCCGCUCACGGUCUCCGCCGCCCUCGCCUCGCACAACAACAUGUCCAGGUUUCAGCAGCAGCAGCUGUGUGCGGGACUGGCCUGGCACUGGACAGAGCAGCAGCAACAGCACAUGCAGCAACAGCAUAAGCAGCAGCAACAACAACAGCAGCAGCAGCAACAACAACAGCAGCAGCAGCAACAGCAGCAGCAGCAGCAGCAACAGCAACAGCAGCAGCAGCGGCAGCGGUUGUUGGCCGCCCUGCCUCCGCCACCGUCAGGAGAGACGAAAGUGGCGGCGGAGAACGAGACGGAGAUGGACAUCGACGCGGACGUGGACGGGGAGAGCGAGUCGUGGGACGACGCGCACGUCGCGUCGCACACCAAGGCGAGCAUCAUCAGCGAGCUGAGCCUGCGGCUCCAGCAGCUGUCAGGCCGCGGCGCCGGCGCUGGCCCGCAGAGGCCAACUUCGCCCGUCCAGGGGAGGAAGUCCCCCGGGCCGUCCAAUAGGCGUGCAGCUGGGGAGAGUGAGGAGCCACAGCGACCGAGGCCGCCGACCCCGGCUCUGAACCCGGCGGGCGCCGGUGCCGUGGAUCGCCCGUCCCUGCGCCGCGUCCUCCGCUGCAAUCCUCCGCGGGCGCUGCCGGGCUGCGAUGGCGGCGCCCGCUCCGACACGGGGCCCCAGCGCGGCGGCGGCACCAUCGCGGCCGCGUCCUCCUUCCCCAACAUUGCCACCAUCUCCUCCGGCGCCACGCCCAUCAGCCCCAUCAAGGAGCUUCGCUUCUCGCUGCGCUCGCCGGCCAAGGCGUCGUACGGUGGCUCCAGGCGGCCGCACCAGCUGCCGCUGGCGGGCGCCGCGGAUAGCGUGCCGGUCGCCUCUUCCUACCCCGACCUGUCGCCGUCGGCGAGCCCGUUGCGCGAGUCGGCGUUCCCCUUCCACCAGGCGGACCCGCCCUACGGCGACUCGAGGCGCAGCGCCGUCUCCCCGUCGGCGUCCUCGCCCAGCAUCUUGCAGACCGUGGGCUUCACCCCGCCCAGCCCCUCGCAGCCCUACCCGCCACCGCCGCCGCCGCCGCCACCACACGAACUGUCCGACAGCGGCGGCGGCGGCUACUGCGACGUCAGACGGUCGUCCGCCACCACCUUCUUCCCCGCGCCCCCCACGUCCCCGACGCCGGCGCUCGCCCAGCUCUCGGUGCUCUGCCCGCUGAGCCCGCGCUCGCGGGAGAACCGGCUCGCCGGCGUCGGCGGCGGUACCGGCGGCGGAGUGGGCAGCCUGCGCAGCCGCUCGGUGUCACCGUGCCCCGGGCGGUCGCCGUACCGCGCCCUCGCCACGCGCGACCCCAGCCUCUCGCCGCGGCACUCGCCCUACCGUACGCCCAGCCCGUCGCGGGUGCCCUCCGCGCGCCGGCCGCUCUCGCCCGGCACGCCGCUGCAGGACGCCGCCCUCAUGCCCUCCUGGCCGCCCCUGCCCUCGGACAGACCAUUCACGCGCAAGCCUCUGCACCUGUGGACCAAGUACGAUGUCGGGGACUGGCUCGAGAGCCUCAACCUGGCCGAGCACCGCGAGAGCUUCCUCGACAACGAGAUCGACGGCACCCACCUGCCCGCCCUGCAGAAGGAGGACCUCCUGGAGCUUGGGGUCAAUCGAGUCGGCCACCGCAUGAACAUCGAGCGCGCCCUCCGGAUUCUGCUGGACAGAUAACCCGGGGUGGGGGGGGGGGCAGCAAAGCCUGUUUCGCGCGUUUUUGUUGAGAAACGUCGGCCUUGGCUCUAGCCUGUGAUCGGCCAUCGAAGCAAUAACGACGGAUUGGCGGAGCGGAAACUUCGUGCCCGUCGCCGCAGCGCGUCGCGUCGCCCGAGCACAUUUGGACGCGGACAGAGCCUCGACGGAGGCCGGAGGAGACGGCGGACCUGGCAGAGCUGACGUGCCGAAGCGGGGAUAAGCCGUGAAGGUUCCUGCGAGGGCGAGUGGAAGGGUGCGCACGUAGGACAGGCUUCGGAAAUGCGGCACGGCGCAAUGCGUCUGAAUGGCUUUCCAAGAGAGCCUUGGAUGCUCGGCUUGGGCUUGAAGACGUUGCUUUGAAUAGAAAUUGCGUUUGAAAUCGCAAAGAAUGUCGACGUGGGGAAUUUCGACGGGAACUUGUCGUUAUUUUGAUCUGCUGCUAAUAACGGAGAAGAUGCUUAAGGAAAUCGCCGUGAGGAUGGACAACUUUGUGGGGGGUCCCCCCCCCCCCGCUUAAUUAUAAGAUAUCUGAAUGAAAGAUCAACUUCGAUAUGUAGACUCUCAUUUGUUACGGUAAUUAUUGUACGGACCUGCGCUGUCCGGGCAGAUUUUGGGUUCCCAUCAAGAAUGAACACGCACGCGCGCGCACGUUUCGGACACCUUUCGAUCCGAGCAUUUUCAGGGUCACCUGAGUGACGACUCGCCUACAUUGCAGGCGCUGCAGUCUCACCUAUCCAACCCCCACCCCCCUCACCCUCUGUGACAAACGCAGCCCACAGCUUCAUGCCAAUGCCAAUCUCAAUAGGGCUACAACUGAAAACAAGAGAGGACCGGCAUAAGCUAAACUGUACGCUUUCUUUUUUUAAAUGUUUACGGAUGUUAUUUUUAGAAAAUAAACCACAGCAACAAAAAUGAGAUUAUUAAAUAGGUCAACGACAAGCAGAUAUACAUCCAAAACGAGCCGUCCACCGAGGGCCCUGAGUGUGAACUCGCUGGCGCAUUGUGCUCUUUGUUUGCUGUUGUUGUUGUGUUGAGAUGGCUCGUGGACGUUUGUUAUAUUGAUCACAGCAGGCGCCCGCUCGCAUCCGGUGAAGGGAAAGGGCAAGCGUUGAGAUGCGACGAUGAAACUGCGGCACUCGGAUCAGAUUGCGGUUUGGACGAAAGAAGAACGCUUUUCCGCGGACGGAAGGUCGGCGACCAUGCCACAUUUAUACGAAAGCUAUCAAACAAAAACUCAAAAUUGAGUACGUUUUAGAAAAAAAUGUGAACGCAGUAGAAAUGAUGAAAUGAGAGAGCGAGAGAAAUAUAAAAAAAAUCUCCCAAUUAACACGGCUAAAAAAAGGACUCUUGCACAUCUGCUGCGAUGGUGGUGUGAAAGGCACAGGGAUUCGGUCGCGAAAAGUGUCACUUCGGGAGCGCUCUUCGGAACAGGGUGUCGAUUAUCGAAUGCCGAAGUCUGCUCCCAGAGAGAGAGAGAGAAUAUAUAAAUAUAACUGCGUUAAUCAAUCCCAUUCAACGUAAAGUCAAAUCGACAAGCAUUCACGGUGGAGCGCGGCGGUGGGGUUGGAAUUUUUGUUUGUUCGUCUGUUUACUAUCAAGGGUGUGCAAAACGUGGUUGUGCCCGUCCGGAUUGUUAUGGCAGCUAUGGACAGGGCGGAGUCGCAGCGCCCAACGCGGCGCCUCGCGUUUAAAGCGACUGCGCCCCGUCGCAACGACGGGGCGGGCGGGCGGGGAAGUUUCCGAACGUGCCGAGCCGAUGUGAUAGUACAGGCUGCUGUCAGCCGACAAUUUAGGCGAGGGGUAAUCGGGUUGGAAAAAGGGCCAGCCGCGCCCGCGUAAGAAGCACUGCUCCAAAUUUGAUUUCCACCCCCCCCCCCACCACACACACACACACCUGCCCGUGGUCACGUGGUCACCGCGCGGCCCGUCCACGUUCAAACGUCCGCGCGCCACCCGCCUCGUUCGUGCGCGUGGGCACGCGCCUCGUUUUGAGCGCCGACGCAUUAAAAAAAAAACCCCUCCUCUUGGAGGCCGUCAGCAUUCGAGUCGAUUUUAAACGGUUUCGUACUCGCAAACGUCACGCGGCAUGUUGAUCAUGUGCGGCCCGGUGGCAGCGCUCCGGAGGGGCAGCGCACGUAAGAUAAGGGACUUAUCUUAAGAUGCAUUGAACGGCUUUUUUUUUGUUUCCUCUUGAUGUUGAGCAUCAAUCUGUAUAAAGCCCUUGGAAAUUUUAAUUAUCUUUGCUGGAAGUGGGGGGAAGGCCGGGGGGGGGGGGGGGGCGCGGAUACAGGACCAACUUCUUUUGAAACAAAGAGGGGGAUGUGUCGAUGAAGGUUUGGCCCUAAAAGCUAUAAUAGAGUGUAAAAUGUUGCGUGUUAAUAUUAUCAGCACAAAUGUACCAUGGAUUUUAUAUGCUUAUAUUUUCACUAUUAUCGUCGUCGUCAUCAUCAUAUUUUAUUGUGAUUCUAUUUGCUUUGGGAAUAGUCAGAGUGUGAUUUUAUGAAGUGGAAUAACUCUACGGUGCAUUGAUUCAUGCAAGUGGAGGCAAUGGAGGAGUUGGGGUUCAAAUGAAAGUCGUGUCAAUAAAACACGAAACAUCUCUGGAUUCUACCCCCAGCCCACAGUACUAGCUGUGGUAGCAUCUAAAACCUGUAUUUGGGUUCUGCACUGGCUGAGUCAUUGCAUUGAACUACCUAAUCGGCAAUGGGUCAGGACACGCAACCGCAGACUGUAGGGGUGGAAUGAUACGUUUUAAAAAAUGAAAUCGCAGUGAAUGGCAAAGCCUCUCGUCGAUGCAGGGGCGACACGAGUCGAUUCUCAAACCCAAGAUUAUAUUCUUGGGUUUGAGAAAAAUAUAUUGUUUUAUAUUUUUAUUAUUUUAUUGUUUCCCUUCUACGUGACUUUACCGAAAGAACCAAGACUAUGAAUCCCUGCAGUCACGAAAGCUUUAAAUAAAUAAAUAAAAACCCAAGAUUCUACGCAUUUAUCACGCGUGAGAUUCAAUAUUGAUGGAGUAAAUAAUUCCACUCCUACCACAUCACCUAAUUUCCCGUUAUCCGACGUUGCUCUUGCAGGAUUUUUGUCCUUGGAGAGGAAGGGAUGCGGGAAGUUUUUAUUUACGUGUGACAUAUCUGCCCAGACUAACCCUUCCAGGAAGAGGCCUGGCACUUUGAUGAAUUAAAACGGCCAGUGUUUACUCAAUAUUAUUGGGGCUACAGAACUUGUUUGUUUCAUGUACCUCUCCUUUUUAUUUAAAUUUUAGAUAUAUUACUGAACCACUGACCACAACAAAAUACAUUCCACACAUGUGUUUUUUUAACCUAUAUUAUUUAUUUUCAAAGUUGGAUUUUUAUUUUACUUUUGACAGUCUCUGGCAGUGUAUUUCUCAUGGACUGUGGCGGUUUCGCAUGCCUUGAACCUGGCCACUCGUAAAGACUGUUUCAUCGUUGUAAAGACAUAAGCCCGUUGGCUAUGAUGUGUGGCGCACGUCGCCAUCACCCUUGUGUUUGGUGUGGCCCGAAAGGAACGGCCAGCUCCUCUCCGGCGCAACACAAACGGUCGACCCGCUGUGCUUCAAGGGCAUCAGCCAUGGCUGUUACUGGUGUCCCCCACUGCCAUCACAGAAAAGCGGCCUCCGUCGCUCAUUGUCAGCUGUCGGAAACAGACGUGUGUUCUCUUCUGUUCCGUCAAUCCCGACAGAAUUUCCUCGCUGUACCCGAGACCACUGACAAAGGGGGCCUUGAAGUCUGCAGAGCACAGCUACAGCCAUGGGCUGAACAAGUGUCACCACUCGGAACACCAAGGGCUGGCUUAUAUUGCUAGCUUUAUAUUUGGGUAACCAUACGUUGUUUUACAUAUUUACGUAUUGCGAGUUUCUUUUUUUAAACAGAAGCUAUUGUAGAUGACACAACCAGGGUUGUAGGCACAUAUCAAUAGAGUAAAUGUGUGCGAACUGGUGUGAUGUUUGGCAGCUGAAAAAAAUCCCACCCCGUAUGUUUGAUACUGUGUCUGGGUUUACCUUCACAUUUGUAAAAUGUACUAUCCUUCUUUUCAAUGUCCAGUGGGACGGGAACACCUCUUUUUCUGAUGAUGAGAAUUAGAAAUACUGCACGGCCGGUACUUUGACAUCAAAGCUGUACAUUUGUAAAUAUGCGGAGAGCCAAAAGGCAUGCCAUGUGUGUUUGGGUUUUGGAUCUGCCCGUGCAGUGAAUUGAAAUGUCUCAUCAUCAAUGCAAAGGCUUUUUUUCACUUUUCCCUGCACAAGCAGGUUGUUACGGAAUCAAUUAUCAGAAUUUUUGCGUCAUCAUACAAAUACAGUAUUAUAGGAUUUAAUCAUGGAAAGUAACUAUCAUUGGUGAACUUCUGUAAAGUGUACAGGUACAUUAUAUUUUAUAUUUUGUCACAAUUGAUGCAAUUAACCUUUUAAAAACUAUAUUCACACAAAUAGGACGUGUUAUUUUUCUCUUCACUGGUGAAUGUAUCGAAUUAAUGUGUACAUAUUAAGGUUGGAAUUAGAAAACAUUUAUGUUAUUGUCGUUUGGUGGUAUACGGUACCACCGUUUCAGUCGGUGCAGGGGGCGCUCCUUGAAUUUACGAUGGGGUCGCACGCUGCACACUGACUGUCCUCGGUUCGUUUCAAGAUUCCCUUGGAACAAUCAGGGUCUCCAGAGGGGAGGGGGCUAGAUUGGAGAAUAAAAGAUGGCAAUGGCAAAUAUCUCAUUUCGCUUCAUGAAUGUUAAUCCUUUCCAAUGCAAAAAAAGUCAAAACAAGUUCACAAUCCGGGAAACAUUUUCUAUGAACCUUCAUAUUUAUGGGGACUGUAUUUUAUUGUUUACCCGAGGAUUGGAGUUGUUUUGCAAAACAGGAAAACCUGCAUAUGGUACCGUGUAUCCCAAUACUGCAGAGUUAUUUAAUGGCCAAUUAUGCUUACGUUGAUGUAACAGACCGGACCGCUUUGCCGGUGAAUAACCACCUAACCACAAUGCACUCCUCCUUCCUGUACACGACCAUUGGGAAAACUCCCACCAUCAGCUCACAUUUUUCCUUCUGGUUUUGUGGCCCAGAGAUAUUUGCUGCUGUAAGGUUGAGUCAAACAAACUUUACAACUGCGAAGGAUUUCGCGGUUGUGCUGUGUACAGCCCCGCCAGUGUGUUUUCGGGUUGUGCCGCGCGUGUUGUUGGCAUGAUGUCCGACAUUUCACUCCACGUGCUUCGAGCUGUUUCAGGAACUGGAUACUCAGUUAUUGACUUCUUGAAGAAGCUCGCAGCACUCGCAGUGACACGUUGGGCAUCACGCUGAACAACGACACGGUACAACCGACAAACGCAUCGAAGGACCUCAAUUUUACAAUUUCCGUCCGCCCACAAUUGCCUCAAAAUGGAAACUAUCACAUGCUGCCAUGGCCAGCCCAGGAGCAGCAUGUCGUUGUCCUAGUGCUGGGGUUUUUUUUUCCACCCGAGUGAUUAAAACUCGCGUGAUGUGCAGUGGGAAUGAAGGGCGGAUACAAAAGGCCACCCUGGCGUUCAUUUAUUUUGCAUCGGCUCCCUUACAGAGGGCCCACCGCACAGAGUUCACUGGAGUUCUGAGUGGCGAUUGUCUCAUUUAUUAGAGAAAUCCUCUGGGGAUGUUCUCUUUUUGUGUUACUCACGUUGUGGUCCAGGUAUGUUUCAUCUAAUAUAUCUUGCCUUUUUUUUAAUCCUGCUAGGAGUUGGAAUUUUAAAUGUUUCUUCCCCUGUACUAUCACUCACUGCUCAUAGUUUCGUUGAAAUAAAAGGAGGCUACAUUUAAACAUCAA